CGGCCGGAGGGGGUGCGGUCCGGAUUAUGUCACCUCUUCCCUCUGAGCCCCGCCCCCCAGGGCCACACGCGUUGGUGGGUCGCCCUAGGAGGUGCGGGCGGGAUUUUCCCCACAGCAGAGACCCCCUGGGCACCCCUGCGGAUGGCCUGUGGUGCUGUGCGCUGUGGGCUGCUGGUGAAUGGCGACCCCCACCCCCAGUGGAGGCUCGUGUGUGCACGCGUGUGUGAGCUCUGGGUAUGUGUGGGGGUGAGCUGUCGGCCCCCUCAGUCCUGAAACAUGGGCUUCAACAGAGCCAGGAUAGUGUCCAUGCCUCCAAGGGAAGGUGGAUCUCCCCUCACACAUCCCAACCAAGAAGUUCUGGAGAUCUCUGUACCCCCAGAGCCGUACAGUGCCCCUGGAUCCCUUUCCUCCCUCAGUCCUUCCUGGAAGCCCUUCCUGGUUUCUCUGCCUGUGUUCAUUACCUAUUUGCAUUGCUCAUAACUAGCGUUCCCAUAGGCAUUCACCCUGCAUUUUCUUGGUGCCAGGGCCCAGAAACCCUGAGGACUCUUUCAUUUUUGUCCUGGGGUGUCCUGAGCUAAGUGCUCCAAGACCCCUGAGAUAUAUCAGGGAUGCUGUAUUGACAGCAUUUGGACUGAUUCUACAAGGCUAUAGGAUGAGCACAGAGAGCUGAGGUUGUAUGUGGAGUGGAGAGGAGCUCAGGUCAAGGAAGAUAAAGGAUGGGCAUCAGGAGGGACCUUGGGAACACUGCUGCAAGCUCUGCUUGAUUCUGGGGACCAAGAGGAGUAUCAAGCAAUUUGCCCUUAAUACAUUUGCUUCUUAAAAUUCCUGCAAGGUAAAUGUGAGAAUCUGAGGUGAAACAACCUACAUUUGGUUCCACUCCAAUCAGUCGAGCUGUGAUUUACACUUGGAGCUGAUGGAGCCAGAACUCCAUCUUCUGCACUUGACCUAGCUCAUGGAAGGAUUUGGGCAGAGUAAGAACAUGAAUGGCUUUGCCCUUUAGAAAGAGUCUCUUGGCUGCAGCUCAAGAAGGGGGUGCAGAAGAAGGGCCACUGAGAAGACUCAGCAAAGGUGCUGGCAGGAGAUGCUGCUGAGAUCUUUAGGGGGUGGACUGAGUUGGACUUGGGGGCCUCUGGGACUUCAAGUGUUCUAGCUUUGGGGGAAUACAGGUGGUGAGGAGCGAGGUGGUUUCUAUGGAUUGGAGGGACUUUCAUGUGUAACCCGUAGGUCCCUCUGUGACCACUUAAACUGUAAUGUCACACGCAUUGAGUAUUAAUAAGCCAGAGAUAGAGGCAGAGUGUGGAAACAAGGCUGUCGUGGUUCGAUGACAUGGUUUGAUGCCAUGAAGCUUUCUUUUCAGAUCGCACUGUUACCUGGGCCAGUGUAAGACCCUGACCCACAAAGGAAGCACAACCCUUCCUCUCAGCUUAAUUCCUUCUUAGCAGUAAAAAAUAUCCCAACUCCUUGUCCUUCCAGCUCCCUGUCAGGUUUUUGAGGAAAGUACCAGCAGCAGUCUAAUCUUGGGAGAGGCAAGGGGGGCAGGGAACACUUGCAAGAGGUUGACCAUGACAGAGUAGAAUUAUGGCAAGAAGCUCUUUGGGCUCCAGAGAGAGCUUCUGUAGAAUGACAAUCAAGGAUUCCCCAGGUACAGCACAAGGAAAGAAGGUUCAGGACAGUGUCAUUUCUAUCCAGAGCUCUGGGCAUGUGAACCUAGUGGGAAAUAACACACAGGCUAGAGAAAGAGUGGGGCAGAUUAGCAUAUGACCAACUCAAAUUUAUGGUCAGAUUAUUUUUUCCUGGAUCUCAAAGAAGGUGGUUUUGCAUGUUUGUGCUGUAUCUUACGGUUUAGAAAGUACCUUCCCAAGCCUUAGCCCUGUCACUCACAAUCAACAUUAUCAUGUCUGAGAUUUCUUCUUAUUCAUUCCUGGCUUCUGAUGCAGCCCCCUUGCUAGCUACCCUGCCUAGAUCUUUAAUUUUACUAGUGGUGCCUUUCUUUGGCAUAUCAGCACACUCAAGUUUCUAUCAUAUUUGAUUUUAAAAUUAAAAAAGAAAACAAACAUUGAGAUUUCAAACCUCCUUAAAUGAUGGUGUUCUCUGGCCUCUGUUAGCAGGGAAUUCUGCCAUUUCAUCUCUCUGCACCCCUCCACCCCUGUGGUCUGCUUUUCCCUUGUACUACUUUUCUGAAACCAUUCUUACACACACACACACCAGUGAUAUCUUCAACUGCCAAAUCCAGGGCACACUCUGUAAUCCCAAUUUUUACCUGGCCCUUUUCUUUUUAACCCUGAGAGCUGCCCCCACAUCCCACAUUUUGUUUUUCUUUCUUUUUUGAGAUGGAGUCUCGAUAUGUCACCAAAACUAAGACUGGUAUUAAACUCCUGGGCUCAAGUGAUCCUCUUGAGUAGCUGCGACUGUAGGUGUACACCACUGCAUCUAGCUUGCCCCCACGUUCUUGAGUCCCCCCUCCGUCUUGGUCUUCAGGGCCCAGCUUCUCCUAGAUGCCUUCUAUCUCCCACACUGUCACCCAGACUUAUGGGGCUCUUCUGCCUUAGUUGGAGGCUGGGCCCACCCACACCACCCUUGUAUGCUGAAGAUUCGAGUCUUUCACUCCACUCAGUGCAUGAGAAUUAUUUCUCUGGUCUUCUCAAAAAGACCUAUUUCAGGGCCAGGGUUGUGGCUCAGUGGUAAAGCACGCGCCUAGCUCAGGUGAAGCACUGGGUUCAAUCCUCAGCACCACUUAAAAAUAAAAUAAAUAAUAAAUGUAUUGUGUUCACCUACAACUAUAUAUAUAUAUAUAUACACACACACACACACACACACACACACACACACACUUUUUAAAAUUUAUUUUUAAGACCUAGUUCUCUCAAGCAAUUUCCCCAUUAUGUUAAGGGUGUCCCACCCACCCUUAUGCUUCAGCUCAGACUCUUCCCUUGUUUUUACCCCCCCUGGUGCCCCAACCCAGACAUUUCCCUUGUCCCUACUACCUGAAACCCAGCUGUAUGAGGCUUUGCCAGUUUCUCCUCUCCAAACCCUGCCUAGGCCUCCCCACUGGUUUCAAGCUUCAGGCCAUUCAGCAACCAUCCUCCCAAUUCUAGCUGCUCUCUAUACUUCACUGAGGGAUGUUGAGAGAAGGGGGCCAUGUUUAGGGUAGGAGGGGUUUCAAAGCCAAGGAGUAGCAGCCAGGAUGGAGUAUGCUGGGGAGUGGAGGCAGAUACUAGGGUGAGGCAACAGAGGCCUCACUCUCAGGGUUGUGGGUGUACCUGCACGUCCUGCACUUCACUUGUGCCCUAUGUGCCUCUCUUGCCCAGCUUAGUGCCACUGCUGGUUAUGGGGAUAGACUUGCAGAAGGGAUGAGGGUGGUGAAAAUUUGCUGUUUUCCACACCUGUGGGGAAAGACUGAGAGAAUGGAAUGCUACAUUCCAUUUAAUAGACCAGUUUGGCGGUGAACUUACCCACCAUCUAAGGCUGAUAUGGCCUGAAGAUCCUGAAGAGCAAGGGUUUUACCAGGCUUCCUUGUUUGGGGGCCUGAGGGGACAAUACAACAUUAACACUGGACAUCAUUAGAAGACAGUCUACAGAACACUCAAAGGGAGGUUGGAUUCCUUCACUUAAUAGAGAAGGAGGGCUUCCUGCCCAGUUUCUGGUGGAACCUGGGUGGGGGCAGGAGGUUUAAAGGCCUGAAAGGCACUAGAGUUUGAGCCAUCUUGAGCCAUCUAGCCAGCUGCUAGCACCCUAGUGCCCCUGUCCAGCUGGAUUAUGUAGAUCUCUGUGACAGGUGUUCCCAGGUGCAGACUUGAGACAAAGGAACCAGGAAAUCAGGCCUGCCUGAGCUCAGGUAAUCCGAGGCCCUGCUCCCCCUCUUUCUGCAGGCCUGCCUUGGGGGAGGGGGCGCACAUCCACAGAAUUGACUUCAUGGUGAACUGAACAGGAUCAAAGUCCACAGGGAGCGGGGGAGGGGGCAAUCCAGGAAAUCUUCCUGGUGGCAGUGCAUUCUUGGCAGGGUUCAGCAGGUGCAGGAUCCUCUGGAGCACCGUGGAGUGCAAAGGCCGCCCCCCACCCCACCUGUGGGAGAUGUAGGCCCCGAGGUAGGCUCGGCCAGCGCCAGAAGCCGGCAGCACUGCCUUCCAGUCCUGGCCUCUGUCAGCCUGGGGGCCUCUGUGUAGUACUGACGUCGGGGAGGGGGUCCCUCUCGGGCCAGGCCCUCUGCAGACGAAUUGGGAAGACCUCCCUUGCCACCUGCUGCAGCUUCGGCCUGCAUUCCGUCAGUCCAGUCUGCGUGCCCAUGGCACCGCCCUCCCGCGACACCCGCGCAUGCUGCAGGGGCAGCUCCGCCCACCCAACCUGGUGACCGGGUUCCUUCCCGUGCACGUAGCCUCGGGGCACCUGCCGAGCGGCAGCUCCGCGAGUGCCCUCCUGGCUUAGUCAUGGCGAAGCUCGAGACACUGCCCGUGCGUGCUGACCCAGGGCGGGAUCCCCUCCUGGCCUUUGCCCCACGGCCCUCUGAGCUUGGACCCCCAGACCCCCGCCUGGCCAUGGGCAGUGUGGGCAGUGGGGUGGCCCAUGCCCAAGAGUUCGCCAUGAAGAGCGUGGGCACCCGCACAGGGGGUGGGGGCAACCAGGGCAGUUUCCCAGGCCCCCGAGGCAGUGGCAGUGGGACCAGCAGGGAGAGGCCAGGCCGAUACCCCUCAGAGGACAAGGCUCUCGCCAACUCCCUCUACCUCAACGGCGAGCUGCGGGGCAGUGACCACACAGAUGUCUGCGGCAAUGUGGUGGGUAGCAGCGGUGGCAGCAGCAGCAGCGGUGGCAGUGACAAGGCUCCACCACAGUAUCGUGAGCCCAGCCACCCACCCAAGCUCCUGGCCACCUCUGGCAAGCUAGACCAGUGCUCAGAACCACUAGUUCGGCCAUCAGCCUUCAAGCCUGUUGUACCCAAGAAUUUCCAUUCCAUGCAGAACUUGUGUCCCCCGCAGACCAAUGGGACCCCUGAGGGACGACAGGGCCCUGGUGGCCUCAAGGGUGGACUAGAAAAGUCUCGGACCAUGACCCCAGCAGGUGGAAGUGGGGGCGGCCUCUCAGACUCAGGCCGGAACUCACUCACAAGCUUGCCCACCUACAGCUCCAGCUACAGCCAGCACCUGGCGCCCCUCAGUGCUUCUACCAGUCACAUCAACCGCAUCGGCACUGCCAGCUAUGGCAGUGGCAGCAGUGGUGGGGGUUCGGGCUACCAGGACCUGGGGACUUCUGACAGUGGGCGGGCCUCCAGCAAGAGUGGGUCAUCAUCAUCCAUGGGGCGGCCAAGCCACCUGGGAUCUGGGGAGGGUGGAGGUGGAGGCCUGCCAUUUGCAGCCUGCUCACCACCCUCGCCCAGUGCACUGAUCCAGGAGCUGGAGGAGCGGCUAUGGGAGAAGGAGCAGGAGGUGGCAGCUCUGCGGCGCAGUCUGGAGCAGAGCGAGGCAGCUGUGGCCCAGGUGCUGGAGGAACGGCAGAAGGCAUGGGAGCGAGAGCUAGCGGAGCUGCGGCAGGGCUGUAGCGGGAAGCUGCAGCAGGUGGCCCGCCGUGCCCAGCGAGCCCAGCAGGGACUACAGCUGCAGGUGCUGCGGCUGCAGCAGGACAAGAAGCAACUUCAGGAAGAGGCGGCCCGGCUGAUGCGGCAGCGGGAAGAGCUAGAGGACAAGGUGGCCGCCUGCCAGAAGGAGCAGGCCGACUUCCUGCCCCGGAUGGAGGAAACUAAGUGGGAGGUGUGCCAGAAGGCCGGGGAGAUUUCCCUUCUGAAGCAGCAGCUGAAGGACUCGCAGGCUGAUGUAUCCCAGAAGCUGAGUGAGAUUGUGGGUCUGCGCUCACAGCUGCGGGAGGGCCGGGCCUCACUGCGGGAGAAGGAGGAGCAGCUGCUCAGCCUGAGGGACUCCUUUGGCAGCAAACAGGCCAGCCUGGAGUUGGGUGAAGGUGAGCUGCCUGCCACCUGCCUCAAGCCUGCACUGACCCCCGUGGACCCUGCCGAACCACAGGAGGCACUGGCCACCUGCGAAAGUGAUGAGGCCAAGAUGCGCCGUCAGGCUGGGGUGGCAGCUGCUGCCUCCUUAGUUUCCAUGGACGGGGAGGUGGAUGCUGGAGGGGAGAAUGGGACACGGGCCCUAAGGCGGGAGGUGGGGCGGCUGCAGGCUGAGCUGGCAGCAGAGCGGAGAGCCCGGGAGCGCCAGGGUGCCAGCUUUGCAGAGGAGCGCCGCGUUUGGCUGGAGGAGAAAGAGAAGGUCAUUGAGUAUCAGAAGCAGCUGCAGUUGAGUUAUGUGGAGAUGUACCAGCGCAACCAGCAGCUGGAGCGGAGGCUUCGGGAGCGUGGGGCAGCAGGGGGUGCAAGCACUCCUACCCCGCAACAUGGUGAGGAGAAGAAGGCCUGGACCCCUUCCCGCCUUGAACGCAUUGAGUCCACAGAAAUCUGAUCCUCCACCUGGGCACGUGGCCUUCUGACAAGUGCCCUGUCUCAAGGCCAGAGUCCCCAGCCUCCCCUCCCUUCCAUUUCCCUUCCCAAUGUGCCCCAUGUCCCCAGACCAAAGAGGUUCUUAGAGCAGCUGUGACAAGGCUCCUCCCUGCCCCCUCACGCCCUCCCAGUUCCAGUACUGCCCCUGUGGGUAGUCACUCGGACCCUCCUCUCAAGGAGAGAAUGGGGAAAGGGCAGAGUGCAUAGGGAUGAGAGCCCAGGCAGCAGGGAGCAUGCCCCCUUUCUGGGCAGCCCCUUGUUGGAGAUGGAGGCAGCAGGCCUGCAGUGCCAUAAGAUGCCCCAGACCCUCAGGGAGUCUGGGCUGCUGUUGUUGGCCACUUGUGUCUAGUGAUGCUUUCUGUGCUCACUUCCUAGGCCGUGGAGCCUGAAGGGGCCUGCACGGGUCUGCCAAGGCCGACAGACCCUGGGCUCCUGGCCUCUCUCCUUCCUGUGGUGUUAUCCCUCCCUGGGCAGAUUGGCAGGACAAGUAGGAGCAGAUGGCCUGCCUGUGUGGUUGAGAGGGCUACCUGCCCAGCCCCUCCCCCGUAAGGUCUCUUGGGUUCAGGCCUCAGAACCUGGCCUGGCCCUGAGUGUGUAUUCCUCUGUGUGUGUUGGGCUGGAAGCUCAGUGUCCAAGGGAGAUCUUCCCUCAUGUUCUUGCGAAGGGUCAUCUGGAGGUUUCUACCUUCACCCUUCUGGCCAGGAUCCUGCAGGGCAAGAGCCCCAGAUGCUUGGCUUACCCCACACCCAGGGCCACUGUCGGCUCUAACUACAGCUAUUAAGUGCUACCUGCCUCUCAGGCACUCCCCUUGCCCAGCUUCUGAGGUCAGAUGAGUGUCUGUGAUGUCUUCCUGUGUCUUCCCUCACUCACUUCCCCCAGUUUCCUGCUUUCAUGCUCAGAACAUCAUCUUCCCAGGCUGCCUCUUCCCCAGAGUCUCACUUUUCUUCUAGUAGAAAAUUCUGCUUGAUCUUUGGUGCACUGCCCACUUCCCAGCUCCACUGGCCCAAGUCUGAGCCUGAGGCCCUUGUUUUGGGGUGCCAGGAGGGUUGGAUGCAAUUGCACUUGAAGAACAAGGCUGACCUAAGAGGAACACAAACCUCUUGGUUCCUUGUCAAGCUCUGAGUUGGCUCAGCAUUUGCCCAGGGAGGCCUGGCAUGGCCAUCAGUAGGAGUUGGGACAGCCAAUGUCAUUUCCUUCUCUGGUGGCUCUCUCAGAAUCUAACUCCCCAAGAUAGGAAGGGAACUUGUAAUUUCCCUUCUAAGAAAGCAAAUUUCUAAUUCACCAGCAAUAAAAAUCAGAGGAGGCUUGGCCCUCAGCCCUUGUAUUUCUCUCUUUCAUUCUUCUACCCCCAAGAGUUUGGGGGCAGGGUGGAGAGAGCUGGCAACUACUGUGAGCAAGUCCCCCAGUCCCUGACCAGCCUCCUCCCAUGACUGGUGACUGUUUAAUGAGCUGUGCAUCCCCCACAAAAACAGGAGUGCCCUUCUAUGUGGCCUCUAACCCUCUGCACAGCCUCUUCUGGAUGGUCCUCACCAGCUCUCUAAGCUACAUGUGAGGCCACCCUGGCAACCACUGCCCAUCCCACUCACCUCUCACUGUACCUGCCCCAGAACCUGGGCCUGGGCCACAGGGGCUGGGAAAAGAGAAGGCAUUAGUAGGGGGAAAAUAAAUAAAUAAAUAAGUAUGUAUGUGUGUGUGUGUGUGUAUAUAUAUAUAUAUAUAUAUAUAUAUAUAUAUACAUAUAUAUACAUAUACACACACACACAUACACACACACAUGUAUGUAUCUCAGACUCAGCUUUGGGAUGUCCAACCACAAAAUAAAUUAUAUAUAAAUAUAUAUAAAUAUAUAUCUCUACCAUAUGUGAUGGAAAGACUUUUGUUUUCCUUUCCCAAAGAAAUAAAAUGGAGAAAGCCUCUUGAAUGGCA